GCCCUGGCGCGGCGUGAGACGCCCGUCGCCGCGCCCGCCCCCCCGCUGCCCCCGCCCCCGAUCGGCCCGGGCCUGCUUUCCGCCGCGGGGCAGGAGCGCUCCGGAGAUAUUCUCAUCACUAUGGCAGCCACAAGAAAUGUGAUGCGAGCUGUCAGAGUUUUUGAAUUUGGUGGCCCUGAAGUGCUUAAAUUCCAGUCAGAUGUCUUAAUUCCUGAUCCAAAAGAAAAUCAGGUGUUAAUUAAAGUCCGUGCCUGUGGGGUAAAUCCUGUCGAGACAUACAUUCGUUCUGGAAGUUAUGCUAGAAAACCAGCUUUACCCUACACUCCUGGCUCAGAUGUGGCCGGUGUAAUAGAAAGUGUUGGGGAACAUGUGACUGCAUUCAAGAAAGGUGACAGGGUUUUUACCAUUAGUACGGUCUCUGGAGGAUAUGCAGAUUAUGCAGUUGCUGCAGCUAAUAGAAUCUUUCCUUUGUCGGAUAAAUUGGACUUUAAGCAAGGAGCAGCAAUUGGGAUACCCUACUUCACUGCUUAUCGUGCUCUUUUCCAAAAAGGACGUGCCAAAGCAGGGGAAAGUGUGCUAGUGCAUGGUGCGAGUGGGGGAGUGGGAAUAGCAACAUGUCAGAUUGCCAGAGCUUGUGGUUUAAAGGUUUUGGGUACAGCAGGAACUGAGGAAGGCAUGAACAUGGUUCUGAGAAAUGGUGCUCACCAAGCAUUUAAUCACAGAGAAGCUAAUUACACUGAUAAAAUUAAGGAAUACACAGGGAUGAAAGGAGUUGACAUAAUAAUAGAAAUGCUCUCUAACAUCAAUCUUGCUACUGACUUGCAACUGUUGUCCUAUGCAGGAAGGGUGAUGGUUGUGGGCUGUAGAGGUCCUAUUGAGAUAAAUCCAAGAGACACUAUGAGUAAAGAAUCUAGCAUAAUUGGAGUUAGUCUGUUUCUUGCAACUGAGGAGGAGAUGCAUGAAUGUGCAACAGCAGUCCUCAAAGGCAUAGAAGCUGGCUGGCUACAACCAAUUGUAGGCUCUGAAUAUCCACUGGCGGAAGUAGCUAAGGCUCAUGAAGACAUUAUUCAUAACAGUGGUGCUCGAGGAAAGAUGGUGCUCCUUCCAUAAAGUCCUUUUCCAUUUAUUUUGUAGCUGUUCUAACUGCACCAUGGCUUAUAUGAUUCAUUGAAUGUAUGUUAUAAAGCAUACUUUUGAUCAGGUUUGACAGUAACAGCAAAUGCUAACUUACAUUAAUUAAUUAACAAUCUAUUUUCUUUUUUUAAUAAGCAGAGUUGCAUAGAAUUUAAAGUAAUUUUUGUAGCCUUUUUGGCUGAUGUGGAAAUAAUUAAUUUGCUGGUGUGGCCUUGUGAUGCAGGGGAAACUAAUAUCUAAGAUAGGUUUUGAUACCAUGCUCUAUGUGAAGUUAUAGUGAGGCCACUGUAGGUAGUGCAAAAUGAAGCCUGCUUUUUAAGCAGAUACACCAAUGUAUGUAACUAACUAUAUGCAUAUAACUAGGAGUCUCCAAAUCCUUUAGCCACAGAAUUUGUCUUAUCUUUUGUCACAUAAUUUACUUGGAAUAAAAGCGUUUACUGCCAAAA